CUCCAUUCCACUAACAAGAAAGGAGAACAGCAGCUGCUUCUGCAAGAAAAAAACAAAACGUGUUCUUGUUCGUGUUCGUGUGAGAAAAAGAGAGAAAAGGCAUUCCUCAUGGCGAGAAGAUCAGUCCCUACUAUGAAGGAUGACAUUGUCGUUGACAGGUCGCCACUUGUGGAGCAAUAUUUACCAAAAAUACAGAAGCAAGCUUCAACUUCAAAAACAUCGGUCUCAUCUUCGUCUUCUGCAAAAGUAUCACCAGCUGAGAGUAAUGAGCCCAAGUUGACGAAGAAACAAAUCCUACUAAAGAAAAAUAUUGAGCUGCAUAAAAGAUACGAAAGCAUGGUCUUGGACUGGACAUUGACUCUGACAGAUCCAGUGAGCGAGGCAACUCUUGGAGAGGCGGCAAACAGGAUCAAGCAAUCGCAUUACCAGGAUAUCAUUGAGGAGCGUAACAUCAAUAAGCUGUGCGGAUAUCCACUCUGCUCUGAGCCACCACGCGAUGUGAAAGGAAAAUUCCGGAUCUCAUUGAAUGAACGCAAAGUCUUUGAUAUCAGCAUACUCAAGCAAUUCUGUUCUUCAAGAUGUCUAUCGGCAUCGCGCUGGUUCGAGUCUCAGCUGACAGAGGAGCCUCUAUAUCUCUUGGAUGUUGAUUCUGAACACCUGAAAGUCGCUAGAGUAUCAAUUGUCCCGCUUGGCAUGGAGCUUGCUGAGUUUCAAGCAUUGAGGGCUCAGGGUGCAACAGCAGGCGAGACGAAGCCAACACCAGCUUUUACUAUACCAGAACAUACACUUGAUGAUUUACCACCUAUGUCACCACAACCUUCAUCGCCAACACCAGCGCCAGCAGGAUCUUCGCUUGGAAAUGAAUAUGUCCAAUCCCUUCUAGCCUCUGUUCCAGAAACACCAUCAUAUAUCAAGAUCAUUGAGCGUGAUACCACAGGAGAAAUCCCCAGCAAUCCAUUGGAUACGAGCAAUAUGGAUCAGGAAAUGGAGGAAGUCUUUGGAGACAAUAGUGUUGAACAGCAAAAUCAUGAGGCUGUCGAUGGAUAUCGUGUUCCUGUGCACCGUAGCGCAAGUUCAAAACCGAACAAAGGAUCUAAUAACAUUCACACGAUUGAAAACAAAAUGUCACGGAUCACGCUUGCAGAAGGUGAUUCAGCAAUAUCAAAUGACACACCUAUGCAGCGGUCAGCAAGUUCUACAUCUAUGGAUACUCAUGCAUGACCAUGUGGUUUCCCAUCGUACAUACAUUUACACACAUAAGAUUCUCUUUAUGAUUUUCCUUGCGGAUAUCGAUAGAAAAAGAAUUUGGGAAUCUUUAUUGAAACUAUACCAUCGGUUGUGCAAUGUAUUAAAGAAGCAGUUACUGGAAAUUCUGGUUGUAAACACGCUUUACUUUUGAGUCUAUUAUAAGUCUUGACAGGUAAAGAUGUUAUGAAAAGUAUUAUCAGGAUAAGCUGGUGCAUUUAAUCAAGGAAAAAAAAAAAGUUGAUAGC